GAGAUGCAGUUCAACUUUAGUUUUGCACUGAAAUUAUUUAAGGACAGAGGGUGUAGGGUAACUCUUGCUCAUGCACUAGAAAAUUGGUUUGCUGUGGCAACCCGGAUUUAGCAGAAAUGAAAGAGGCACGUGAAGGUUUUGUGACUGAUAGAGAUUGACAAACCUCUGCUGGCUGGGUUUCUGAGAUCUUCUAACUUGGUUUGUCAUUUGGAAAGUGGAUGCUGAUUUUUACUUACCGGACCUUAAACAGCCUUAACAGACCUUUGGAGUCAAACUUAAGCUUCAACAUUCAAACAGAGAUUUUAGACAUGAAUUAGAUAAAGCAAAAUAACAAAUUGCUGCUCAACAGCAAACCUCACUACAAGAUUACAAACAGUCUCUGCGUGUGACCCUUUCAGACUUUCUGUUUGGGACUUUGCUUGAAAACUGACGCCAUGCCUGUAAUUGUUCUUGAAGCCAGAGAUCUGACCAGCCCCCUGUCCCUGGUGCGGAUGUGGGCUCUCCUGUCCGGCUGCCUGACCUUCAGCCUUGUGGCCUCCCUGGAUGAAUCGGAGCUGGCCUCUGGUGACCAGAUGCACUCCUUCAAGAUCUUUUGCAUGUUCACCUGGUGCCUUUUCUUCCUCCUCACCCUCCUCAUCCACGUGGUCAACAUCAUACAAUUCCACAGCCUGAUCCCCAUCUCGUGGAAGAACCUGACCGUGACCGUGGCGGCGCUCGCAGCGCUCAUGACCCUCAGCGCAUCGGUCAGGUUCCCCGUGGCGGUGAUGCGCCACGAUAACAUCCAACCGUGCCCUGUCGCAGCCGCGGUGGCUUCGUGUCUCACUUCCGUGGCCUACGCCUCCGAGGCUUACCUAAUCCGCAACCAGGCCCAGGACCAGAGGGGCUACAUGGCCAGCGUGCCCGGCCUGCUCAAGGUGCUCCAGCUCUGGGGAGGUUGUGAGAUGAUGGCGCUGGUGGCGGAACAUGUUCACAGUUAUUCAGGGAACAGCGAUGGUGAAGGCUUGGUGCAGCUGUGGGUGUCCGGGACCUUCUACGUUGUCUGUCUGCUGAUGUCGCUGGUCACGGUGGUGGUGGUUUUGGGGGAUUGCGCUGGACGAUGCCUCGUUCCCUUUGACCGUCUGCUGGCCAGCUUCAGCUUGAUCGGGGUUCUACUCUACGUGGUCGCCAACAUACUGUGUUUCGCUCGGGUUCUGGAAAAACACCACAUGGGCGGGAGAGCGCGGCCCCAGAUUACGGAAACAAUGAUUGCCAGCAUUACUCUGCUGGGCUACACAGUGGACCUGGCCUUCGCUAUCAAACUGCUGCGGGAUCGGAGUCAAGCCUAAAGAAAGCUUAUGUGGACGGACGUAUUCAUAACGUGUUAUAUGAACAGGACUCGUUAUCACAGGAGAGGGCUACACAGUCAAGCUACAGGCAAAGUUCACGAAAGGUUAAGCUUGUUGGUUUUUCUGUGGUACUGAUUCAAGUUCAUAGGUGCAGUAGUGUUCAAAAAAGAAAACAAAUGUAUUGAUAUUUUCAUCCACUGUUUUACAAUUGAAGAGCAGCCAUUACUUAGAAUUCUACUAGUCAUUCAACUACACAUUUCAAGAGACUGGUAAAUGGGAACUUGCAUUUAAGGUAUCAAAAAUAUUAAAAAGUUUGUCAUUACAAUUUAAAAAUGUCAGACAGUAUUUGAGCUAAACAAAAGGGGGAAACAAUUACUUGUUUUUUAUUCAUUAUAAUCCACAUCAUUUAAAUGUUCUAUUAUGUCAAGAUUGUUAUCCUCCAGUAGCAAACAGGUUUAAAUUUAAGUUAUACAUUUUUCACCCCAAAAUUACAAUUGCAUUUUGUCUCUUUUUUGCUCUUAUAGUCAACCACUGUCCUAGCAGGAUGCACAGAAAGAGUGUAAUAUCUAUUAUUUUGUGCUUAGAUUUGGAAAUAAAGCAAACCUCUUGCAAUUGA